AUGAGUCUCGUGAGUCAGCUCCCAGGAAGGUCGUUAGCUGACAGACAGCUUGCUCCGGAAGAUGAGGCGGACGGAAUCGAAGUCGCUUGGGAGGACCAGCAGAAGAUCAACACCUUCUCCAAGCUCAACAACCGGCUUGGUGACCUGCGAGACCAGCUGAAGGUCAAGGAGCUCUCUGGUUUCCAGCCUGUUGCGUGGCGCUGGGCAGACUGCACAAGUGCCAGCGGCACUGCAGCGCCGUUCAGGCGGCCUAGCGGCCAGAGCGCCGACGAGAAGGAGUACUACGACGAUCUGCAGAUGGAGCUCGAGCUCAGCGACGCCAAGACGAUAAUGUACAAGAUCGGCGAGGCGUUCUUCGACCUGCCGCUGCCGACGGCGAAGAAGCAGCUGCGCGCGGACCUGAAGCGGUACGACGGCGAGAUCAGCGAGUUGAAGGAACGCUGCGACGAAUGCGAGCAUGGCAUGCAGGAUUUGAAGGUGCAGCUAUACGCCAAGUUCGGGAAGCAGAUCAACCUCGAGACUGGACCGGAUUAG